AAAAACAACGGCAAGAAAAUUAAGUUAAAAGUAAAUUAAAUUUUUGAUUGAUUAACGGAAUGAAAAAAAGUGACUUUAGAAGAAGUGGCUUGGAGACUGACUUCACUCACGCAAAAAAGGAAUUGGUUAAAUUGCAAAUGAUUUUUGAGCUCAUACAAGGUCUCAUAAAAACUCUCAUACAUAGAUUGUGCAGGCGGGUAAUCAUAUACGCUGAUGACAAUGAAGUAGGCGACAACCGGCAAGGGAAUCUAUUCAUGUUGGCAAGUGCAAUCGAAAACAUUGACAGCCGCAACACAGAAGAACGGAUUAUCAUGACGCGGGCGGGAAAGGCUUGCGGGCUUCUAAACUCCCUAGCGCUACCUCAAAACGAAGUUUCCGCGUUUCCAGAGAAUUCGAAAGGAAAAGCGAACGAGCUGCUACAGCCCAAAGCAACAUUUGCGUCCAUUACAAAGUGAAAAAAGAUCAUUUCUCAUUUCUCCAACACGCCAAGCGACCUAUGAAGGUAAUGGUGUUGAUGUGUGUGUGAAGUCACCACAAUUGAGGCAACGUGAAAAGGCGCAAAACUAUCACGCUUGUAGCAUCGCAGACGCAGAAAACGUAAUAAGUAAAACAUUUGUGCAAAAAAGCAACUGGUGCUUGCAAUAAAUUUUUAUGUGAUUCAAUAAGCUUUACACUAGGUACUAAUGCUGUGUUUGCUUGGGUAAAUUUAGUGAGCAACGUUAUUGCUGAUACUGACCUCUAGGCCCUACAAAAUGUGGAUUGUGAAUCAAAAAUCUAACUCAUCUCACCUCUUGAAAAUUUAAUUUCGGCAAAGACUUUUCCAAACUAAAAUUAAUUUUUUUAGGCGUUGUUGGCGUGGUUGUCCUUUGAAAAGCUUACGCCACUUCCAAAUUCUUAGCCGGGAGAAUCCUUGCCAUAGAUACUACAAGGCUGAGCAGAUGGAGAGACGAACGUACUUAGGUGCAAUGCAAACUUAAAACAGGCCAAGAAUCUAUCCGCUUUAUGGGGUCUUAGAAAUCUGCUUCUGCUCUUUGCAAUGGUUUUAACAAAAUGACACUCAUUUUGAUGCUCAUCAAAUGGUAAGGUGCUUAAAGCAACGCAAAAAUCGUGACUUAUUUUAUCAGCUGUUACAAUUCCCCAACGUAAAGCAAUCGUCAUAUUAUUUUAGUUUAUUUUAGUUAUCUAAAAUAUCUUUUAAAUAAAAUAUAUAUAUAUGAGGCAGUUGGGUUAACAAGUUAGAGGAUUGCCGGCACGAAAUUUAUACACAUUUAUAUGAAUUAAUCACUAAUAAUACAUUAUAAAAAGACUGCUAACAUUCAUUUU